UUUCAUGAGUCGUCCUUCAGCUUCAACUUCAAGUAGUAGUAGAAGUUCAAGAUCUAGAUAUGGAAAAGAAGUCAAAGAAUUACAAGAUGCCUUGAAUUAAAACAAAAUAGAGUCUAAAAGAGAUGCCAUCAGAAAAGUACUUUGAAUUAUAAUUCAUAGAUUAUUGAUGCUAUGACAAGAGGCAAAGAUGUUAGUAUGUUAUUUCCAGAUGUGGCAAAGAAUAUGGAAACAUCAAAUUUAGAAUUAAAAAAGUUAGUGUACUUGUACAUAAUCAAUUAUGCCAAAAUUAUGCCUGAUCUUGCUGUUAUGGCUGUCAAUAGUUUUCGUAAGGAUGCAAGAGAUAAGACAAAUCCAUUUCUUAGAGCUUUAGCUAUCAGAACAAUGGGAUGUAUUAGAGUAAAAUUGAUUACAGAAUAUUUAUUGGAUCCAUUAAAAGAAUCCAUCAAAGUAAUUAAUAUAUAUAUAUAUUAUAAGGAUGAAGAUUCAUAUGUAAGAAAGACAGCAGCUAUUUGUAUUUCUAAAUUAUAUGAUGUGUCACCUGAACUAAUUGAAGAAUAGGGUUUAUUAAAACUUCUUGAGAAUUUGUUGAAUGAUGGAAAUGCAAUGGUUGUUGCAAAUGCUGUUUGUGCAUUAUUGAUUGUACAAGAAUCAAAAGGAACAACUAUGUUAUAAUUGAAUCCUUAUACAAUUUAAAAAAUAUUGACAGCUAUGAAUGAAUGCAAUGAAUGGGGUGUUAUAUAUUGUUUAGAUGCUUUGGCUAUGUAUAUUCCUGAAGAUGGAAAAGAAGCAGAAGCGUAAUUUAUAAUUUAUAUUUUAAGAAUAUUAGAAAGAGUUAGUCCUAGAUUAAAUCAUAAUAAUCCUGGAGUAGUAUUAUCAGCAUGUAAAAUUAUGAUGAAAUUUUUGGAUUAUCUUUAAAAUCCAGAAACAAUAAGAUAAAAUGCACUUAAAAUGACUGCACCAUUGAUUUCACUUUUAAGUUUAGGUAAAGAACCAGAAAUUUAAUAUGUUGCUUUAAAAAAUAUUAAUUUAAUUAUUCAAAAGAGACCAAUCAUAAUUGAAAAAGAUAUUAAAGUAUUCUUUUGCAAUUUUAAUGAUCCAAUAUAUAUCAAAUUAUAAAAAUUAGAAGUCUUAUCAAAAUUAGCUAAUAAUGAUAAUAUUCAAUAGAUUUUACAUGAAUUAAAAGAAUAUACUUAAGAAGUAGAUGUAGAAUUUGUAAGAAAAUCAGUUAGAACAAUAGGAAGAUGUGCUAUCAAAUUAGAAAAAGCAGCAGAAAAAUGUGUUACAGCUCUAUGGGAAUGUUUAAAAACUAAAGUUAAUUAUGUUGUUAUGGAAAGCAUUAUUGUUAUUAGAGAUAUAUUUAGAAAGUAUCCUAGAAAAUAUGAAAUGAUUCUUAAAGAUCUUUGUGAAAAUCUAAAAAGUCUUGAAGAUCCAGAAGCAAAGGCCUCCAUGAUUUGGAUUAUUGGAGAAUAUGUUGAUACAAUAGAAAAUGCUGAUUCUCUUUUAGCCAAUUUCAGUGAAAAGUAAUUUUGAUAUUUAAUUAUAAGUUUUAAAGAUGAACCUGCAAAUGUAUAACAUUAAAUUUUAGUUGCUGUUAUGAAAUUAUUUUUAUAAAGACCUAAUGAUGGAAAAGAAUUAAUUCAUAAUCUAUUAAAAACAGCUACUAUUGAAUGUGAAAAUCCAGAUCUUAGAGAUAGAGCAUAUAUAUAUUGGAGAAUGUUAUCUACUGAUCCAGAAUUAGCUAAAAAAAUAGUUUUUACAGAAAGACCAACUAUAUCUGAUUCCAGUUAUACAAUUGAAAAUGAACUAUUAGAUAAAUUAAUAGAAAAUAUUGGAAAUUUAAGUUCUGUUUAUACUAAAAAACCUGAAAGUUUUGUUAAAAAAUUAAGAGAUGUUUUAAAUUCUAAAAUUGCUGAUAAAAUUGAUGAUGUCUAUGAUUAAGAUUAAUUAAUGGAAGGAAAACCUGAAGAUUAUAGUGAUUAAUAAGGAGGAUAAUCAAAUGUUUAUGAAAAUAAUUAUGAUACAUCAUCGUAGAUUUAAUCUUAAAUUUAAUAAUCAUAAAUAUAAUAAGUUUCUUAAAAAAUUGAUUUAUUAGAAUUAGAUGAUAAUUAACCAUAAUAACCAUAAUAAUAAUAAUAAUAAUAAUAACCAUAAAUAUAAACAUAAAUACCUACUUAAUCUAUUUAAAAUAUUAGAAUACCAUUUGCUGAAGUAUUGACUGCUAAUACUCCAGGUUCACAAACACAAGUUUAAGGUCUAUAAAUUGAAACUGCAUUCCAAAAAAAUGGUGAUAAAAUUGUACUUGAUCUAAAAAUUACAAAUAAAACAUAAGAUAAAACAUUCUCAGAUUUUGGAAUCAAAUUUAAUAAAAAUCCAUUCAAAUUAUAACCUGAUACUAUUGAAAUAUAAUGUCAACCUGUAUUUCCAGGUUAAACACAAAUUGCUUAAUCAUUAAUCAAUACAAAUGGACCUGCCUUUGAAGAACCACCAUAAAUGCCAUAUAAAAUUUAAGUUGCUCUAAAAACUAAUUUGGAUGUAUUCUAUUUCUUUAUACNAUGUGCUAUCAAAUUAGAAAAAGCAGCAGAAAAAUGUGUUACAGCUCUAUGGGAAUGUUUAAAAACUAAAGUUAAUUAUGUUGUUAUGGAAAGCAUUAUUGUUAUUAGAGAUAUAUUUAGAAAGUAUCCUAGAAAAUAUGAAAUGAUUCUUAAAGAUCUUUGUGAAAAUCUAAAAAGUCUUGAAGAUCCAGAAGCAAAGGCCUCCAUGAUUUGGAUUAUUGGAGAAUAUGUUGAUACAAUAGAAAAUGCUGAUUCUCUUUUAGCCAAUUUCAGUGAAAAGUAAUUUUGAUAUUUAAUUAUAAGUUUUAAAGAUGAACCUGCAAAUGUAUAACAUUAAAUUUUAGUUGCUGUUAUGAAAUUAUUUUUAUAAAGACCUAAUGAUGGAAAAGAAUUAAUUCAUAAUCUAUUAAAAACAGCUACUAUUGAAUGUGAAAAUCCAGAUCUUAGAGAUAGAGCAUAUAUAUAUUGGAGAAUGUUAUCUACUGAUCCAGAAUUAGCUAAAAAAAUAGUUUUUACAGAAAGACCAACUAUUUCUGAUUCCAGUUAUACAAUUGAAAAUGAACUAUUAGAUAAAUUAAUAGAAAAUAUUGGAAAUUUAAGUUCUGUUUAUACUAAAAAACCUGAAAGUUUUGUUAAAAAAUUAAGAGAUGUAUUAAAUUCUAAAAUCGCUGAUAAAAUUGAUGAUGUCUAUGAUUAAGAUUAAUUAAUGGAAGGAAGACCUGAAGAUUAUAGUGAUUAAUAGGCAGGAUAAUCAACUGUUUAUGAAAAUAAUUAUGAUACAUCAUCAUAGAUUUAAUCUUAAAUUUAAUAAUCAUAAAUAUAAUAAGUUUCUUAAAAAAUUGAUUUAUUAGAAUUGGAUGAUAAUUAACCAUAAUAAUAAUAAUAAUAAUAACAAUAAAUAUAAACAUAAAUACCUACUUAAUCUAUUUAAAAUAUUAGAAUUCCAUUUGCUGAAGUAUUAACUGCUAUUACUCCAGGUUCAUAAACAUAAAUUUAAGGAUUAUCAAUUGAAGCUGCAUUCCAAAAAAAUGGAGAUAAAAUUGUACUUGAUCUUAAAUUUACAAAUAAAACAUAAGAUAAAACAUUCUCAGAAUUUGGAAUCAAAUUUAAUAAAAAUCCAUUUAAAUUAUAACCUGAUACUAUUGAAAUAUCUUGUCAACCAGUAUUUCCAGGUUAAACACAAAUUGCUUAAUUAUCCAUAAAUACAAAUGGUCCUGCCUUAGAAGAACCUCCAUAAAUGCCAUAUAAAAUUUAAGUUGCUUUAAAGACUAAUUUAGAUGUAUUCUAUUUCUUUAUUCCAAUGUCUUUAAGUGUUUUAUUUGUAAUAUAAUUACUUAUAAUUUUAGAGUAGCACUGCAAGUAUAACUUAAUAAAAAUUCAUUGAAUUGAGUUAAGCAUAAAAUUUAGCAAGAAAACAAGAAGUUCUUUAGAUUACAAUUGAUCCAUAGAGAGUAAAAUAUAUUCAAAUUAUAAUUUUAGAUGAAAGAAAAAUUUGAACGCAAUUACUUUUUCUUAAUUGGAACUAGAAAGGAUGAAAGAGGUGUUGAAUUACUAUCCUAUGCAGCUACAUUAGUUAAUGGAAUGCCAUUAUUAGUGAAUGUAAUCCAUACAUAAACUGCAAUCAAUUUACAACUAUAGGUUCCUCAUCCGACAUUAAUGCCAUUAUUAUAUUAAGCAAUAGGAUUUAUUUUAACAUUAAAUUGAUAUAUAACAUAAAAUAUAAUAAAGUUUAUUUAAG